AGGGUGCAAACAAGAAGAAGAUGCAGAAAAAUGCAAACCCAAACCCCAGAGCCAAAAACCCUGGACCCAAUCGAGGGCCUGUGCCACAUCAGCCCAAUGCCCACUUUAAACCCAAUAAUGGGCCUGGGCAACAUUGGCAAAAUCCACGGUUUUUGCCAAAACAAGGGCCUGUGCCACAUCAGCCCCAUCCUCACCAUAACACCAACGAUGGGCCAUCUCAGCCACAGCCUCACUUAACACCAAAUGAUGGCAGUCGUCCAUACAAUGAGACUGAUGAACUGGGUGCGCUGAGAUUCCACCUGCAGGAGGCUCAGAACAUGUGCAAAACCAAUUUUUAUAAAAUGACAGCUGCAAACCACAAAGCUGCUGCAGCUAAAACUCAGAAUGAUUGGGUUCGCUUUCAGCUACAGUGCUGCAGAGGAAACGCUCAAAAAACCAUCCUUGAGCUCCAAACACAGCUGGAAGAGUCUCGUAGAAAGACACCCGAUGAGAACUUCACCCCUGAGGUGAGUGAGGCUCCUGCUGAAGACAGCAGCACAGCUGUCACAGCUGCAGAGCUGAGUUUGGACGCUUCAACACAAACUGCAGAAGCUCCACACACAGACUCUACAGAUGUGAAAACUGAUCGAGAAGCUGAGUUGGAGAUCCAGUGCAAAAACAGCAAGAAGAGAUCGAACAACUCCGUGAGCAGCUCCUCAAAACUCAAAAGAAUCUAGAAGAGGAAGUUGCAAAGCGUGAAGAUCAGGAACAAAGAGCCAACUGUGAGCUCGCUGAGCUGAGAGACAAACUCAGCACCAGUGAGGCUCUUUGUGAAAAAACUGAUUUGAAGGCGCAAAACUUAAAAGAAGAGCUGGAGAAAACCAAAGCUUCCCACCUGGAAAUCAUGGAGAAGCAAA